AUGGAGCCUACCAGGAUGAAACCCUCCAAUUAUCUUACUCUUUUGGGGUAUCUGGUUAUUACUGUGUCUGUGUCAGAAGCUGUUCCUCGUUACUCGUGUCCACCUGGGUGGUUCUUUUACAAGGCAUACUGCUAUGGCUUCUUUAGAUUCCAUCUAACCUGGUCUGAAGCUGAGUAUGAAUGUGUCAGUUAUGGUCAUGAUGCACACUUAGCCUCCAUCUUAGAUGAUUUAGAAGCAUCCAUUAUUGCAAGCCACGUGGCUGCUUACCUAUCAACUGCAGAUGUCUGGAUUGGAAUUCAUGACCCAAAGCAGAAUCGCAGAUGGAAGUGGAAUGAUGGCUCCAUGUAUAAUUAUCGUGCUUGGCAGAGUGGAGAGCCAAAUAAUAUGCACAAUUCUGAAUACUGUGGAAAGCUGACCACAGAAACACAAUUCCUUCAGUGGAAAGACUCUCAAUGUCAAGAAGAAAGCUACUUUGUGUGCAAAUAUAAACGGUAAGAACAUGGUCCUGCCCGGGGGAUAUAUUGGAGCUAGGGUACAUCAC